AUGACUGUGCGGCUGGAGAAGAUGUACAGCGAAGCAGCAGCCUCGCCCCGUGAGAUCCUGUCCUUAACGGAGAAAGUUGCCAUCACCAUCGAUGCUUGGAAAGCAUUGACUACGGAGGCGUAUGCCUACGGGACCGAGACCGUUCACUUUUUCACCGACUGGGUUGUGCAGAGUCGUGGUAUCUUCACUUUAGCUGUUUUCAAUCAAGGAGACUUUGUGGCCGAGUAUAGAGGGGAGCUCAUUGAUGCAGCCGAAGCUGAACAUAGACAGACCAGAGAAAGACCAGAAGUCCAGUCCUGCAAUAUGACAUCAGGCAGCUCUGCUUGUGAGACACCGAAUGGAGAGCAGAGUCAUCCAGUCCCACACCAGACAGUCCAGCGCAUGAGGUGCACUGUGUCAGAGGUCCAAGUGGCACUUCUUCUGCGAAAGAGGGGAUGGGAGAAGUUGGUGUCCAGCACCUUGCUGUGUUCUCAGCAGACCUUGGCAGUGACUACACCACUGGUCACGCGUUCUCUCAUCGUGAAGGCUGAGGGAACGGAGCAGACUAAGACACACAACAUCUUGCUCUGUCCAAAAGGAGAGAGUCUUCAGGAGAAGGUGGAGCUCAGCCUACCUGAGGAUAUGAUCCAAGGAUCUGCCAGAGCUUCAGUUUCAGUCCUGGGUGACAUCUUGGGCCGAGCCCUCAAGAACCUAGACGGUCUGCUGAGCAUGCCGUAUGGAUGUGGAGAGCAGAACAUGGCUCUACUCGCCCCCAAUAUUUACAUCCUGGAGUACCUGACCAACACACAGCAAAUCACCUCAAAGAUUAAAGCCAGGGCCACUAACUUCUUGACCAGUGGCUACCAGAGGCAGCUGAACUACAAGCAUUCAGAUGGAGCUUACAGCACCUUUGGAACUGGAUCUGGGAAUACCUGGCUCACAGCAUUUGUGCUGAGAUCCUUCGUCAAAGCAAAGUCUUUCAUCUACAUUGACCCAACCAUCUUAGCGGACGCUAAGUCUUGGUUGGAGAGCAAACAACAAGACAACGGCUGCUUCCAAAAGUUGGGCAGUCUGUUCAACAACAGAAUGAAGGGAGGCGUCUCAGACGAAGUCACUCUCUCUGCGUAUGUGACGGCCGCUUUGUUGGAGACCAAUAUGUCUGUUUCUGAUCCACAGAUAAACAAAAGCAUGUCUUGCCUGAGGCAAAGCCUGGGUGAUAAAAGCAACACGUACGCCACGUCUCUGCUGGCUUAUGUCUUCACCCUGGCUGGAGACAUGGAGGCACGGACUUUGCUGCUGGAGCACCUGGACAAGGUGGCCACACAGGAAGGGGGAAACCUCUACUGGUCUCAGAGGUCUGAGAAGUCAAUGUCCCUCUCCGUGGAGAUCAGCUCCUACGUGCUGCUGGCCACUCUCAGCGCCACCCCCACCACUGCUGACCUGGGCUACGCCUCGCGCAUCGUCAGGUGGCUCACUAGCCAGCAGAACUCCUACGGAGGCUUCUCCUCCACACAGGACACGGUGGUAGCUCUUCAGGCCCUCGCUCUUUACUCUACACUGGUGUUCAGCCCAGAAGGCUCCAGCACUGUGGACGUCCAGCUCCCCAGCGGCCAGAUGACCUUUGAGGUGAACCAGGACAACAAACUGCUUUACCAGGAGAGGUCGAUGAAGGACGUGACGGGAAAAUACAGUGUGGUGGUGAAAGGCACUGCUUGUGCCUCCAUGCAGUUGUCUCUUCACUACAAUAUUCCAACGCCAAGAGAUGAAUCGAGUUUCCGGAUCAAGGUGACACCCGACUCUGAAUGCAGCACCAACCAGCUGAGGCCUAAGGUCACCCUUAGGCUAGAGUCCAAAUAUGUGGGAAAGGAGGAUUCCACCAACAUGGUGAUGGUGGAUAUUAAAUUACUGUCUGGAUUUGUUCCUGAGCCAAAGUCUUUGAGAAAGCUCAAGUCUGCACUGCUGGUGGAUCGCGUUGAACAUAACGACGAUCACGUCAUCAUUUACUUGAAACCGUUUUUUGCGGUUGAUGUGCCCAUCAACCACUUUUUAGACAUCUUGCAGGACAUUGAAGUGGAGAACCUGAAGCCUGCUGUGGUCAAGAUCUACGAUUACUACCAGCAAAGUGACCAGGCUGAGACAGAAUAUAAUGACCCUUGUAAUAAAAAGUUGAGGAUUGCAGAUGAAUAAGCAGAUAUUCAACACUUAACCCAAGCUUUCAACAAUGCAAAAACUCAACCAUUUUGUUCAAAGUAUAUUGGUCGAUAUAUUACUACUCAUUGUUUGUUAUGUGGUAUUAUUGGUGGUUUUAUGUCACAAAAUAAAAUACUUUGUUGCAUUUAAAAUGUAUCCUUCAUCAAG